GUAAUAGUAUUUUACAGUACGGAUGUGCUGUUGGAUGAGAUGGUGUAUAUGGAUAUAGCUAUAAGCAUUUUCGUAAAACAAUAUCAUUACAUCCUGAAUGAGAAGAAGAUAAGGGAUCUUUUAAACGAAAUCGUGAUCGACCGCCUGACGAAAUACCCGAAGGAAGAACUGGAAAUUUUGGAUAUGUAUUAUAACAAGGCGAAAUUCAUCUGCACCAUAUAUAAAGGUAUCUUGAAAUUUACCGCAGUGGGGUACAUCUCUUUACCGGCAAUACCUUCUCUUCUGAAUAUCAUAAAACCUCUGAACGAGUCACGAGGCCGCGAAUUAGUCUACCCGGCUUAUUAUUUCGUUGAUGAACAACGAUAUUAUUUUCCCAUAAUAACGCAUAUGGUAAUGGCAGUAAUAGUAUUAAACGUUGUAUAUAUGGCCAGUGACAUCAGUUUGAUUUAUAUCAUACAUCAUGCUUGCUCCUUGUUAUCAAUCAGCGGAUACCAAUUCAAACACUCGUUCGAUGAGGUGAGUCGAUGUGACGAAAAGGACAACGACGUACGGCAGAAAGCGAAUGUGUACCGAGCCAUCAACGGACACAAAAGAGCUGUCGAAUUCGUGAAUAAAGUCAACGACUGCUAUACGCAUUACUUCUUGCUACUCUUGGGCCUAAUAAUCGUAGCAUUCACAUCCAGUUUCGUGAGGUUGUCGAUGAUGGAAAAAGGAUUCAAUUACUACGUAUUUUGCUUAUUCACUUUUGCCCAACUGUUUCAUCUGUUCUUUCUGAUGUCUUUGGGGCAAUUUGUGAUCAAUGUCCACGACGAAGUCUAUCAAUCAAUAUACGAAGCCAAGUGGUACAAUGGUGCGUCGAAAACGCAAUUGUUGUACGUACUGGUGUUGCGAAAAUGUUUAAAUUCGCCUGCACUAACAGGUGAAGGAUUGAUCCCUUUGAAUUUCUAUAGCUUCGUACAGGUCCUAAAAUUAUCUUUUUCAUAUUACACGGUGUUUAGCUCUCAGUAGUUUGAAGAAAAAAUAAUGAAUGAAGU